AUGGACAGAGAGGGGGAUCACCAGCCGCUGCUAACGAGCUCUGCCUCAGGGCAGACGGAAGCAGCAGCAGCAGCAGCAGCAGCAGCAGCAGGAGAUGGUGUUGGUGACGAGUCUAGAGAAAGCAGAACAGAAGAAAAGACUCAAUCCAAAGCAGGAGGAAGAGCAGCCGGGGAAGCAACAGCUCCUCUGCGUUAUGCUGCCCCUCUUGGGGGUGUGAGAGGAGCGUUGCUGCGUUCGUUGCCAGUGGUGUUUGUUUUGUCUCUGUUGUCUGUUGUAGUUGGGGUGUAUGUGUCGUUUCACAUAGCCCCGCUGCUGCAGCAGUAUGCAGCAGACAGAGCAGCAUUCAACAGAGGUAUUUGGGAGUUUGUUGUUUUUGUUUUUCUUCUCUUUCUCUUCAUGCUGAGCUUCGCUUUGAGCGUAUUCGCGGAUUUCUUUGAGUUGUUUUCGUUGAUGCUGGGCUCUUCGUUAGAUAUUCUUCUUUUUGCUGUUAUUUUUCUUUUUGGUUUGUUUCACCUUUAUCUCCUCGCCAAAGGAAUGACAACCAUCGAGUUCUGCGAAAAGAGAUUCAAACGCACCCACGACCAGCCCCCAGCUGAUAUGUGGAAUUUGGGGUUCUGGAGAAAUUUCAAUGAAGUCUUCGGAUAUAAUCCUCUCCUUUGGUUCCUGCCUAUUGAUAACCGUCGCGGGGAUGGCCAGCAUUUCCUUCUAUCUGUGCCCGCCCCAGGCAGGGGCAGGGAGUAG